AUGCUGGUUAGUAGAGUUCUCAAGUUCUUGGGAUCUUGCCAUUCGCACCUUGCUCGGCUUUCCGUCCUCUCUUCCCCCGUUCGUCUCGUCUUUCUAACGUGCCGACUUGGCCAUGUAGAAUCUCCUGAUGGCGAAGAUGAUACCGAGCCCACCGUCUUCCAUAUCGCCAUUACUCCCUGGACGCCGAAUUCCUCUGCGGCCGAUACGCCUUGGUCAAUUGUUCCGGUAGUACGGUCUUCUGAAAUAUCUGCCUCGACUAUUCGGUUCUCGCCCUCGUCGUCUGCACUCCAGACUUUCGCCAAGACUCUCCAAAAGGUCGCUCCUUCGAAGCUGUCGAGCCAUAUCAGGAGUGGCAUAGACAUAUUAGCUCUGGACGUGGUCGCCCUCGAGCUGGAUACGGUAUACGUCAAGCUCGAGAGCGAACUGACGAGGCGCUUGGAGAAUGGCGAAGGCACCUUCUAUAGGGACCGAUCAGCCAUCAAGGGCAAAUCCGCUGCGUCACCUAACCAACCCCCGCUUGAAACCGCGCUACGCGUUGCUCUCGGGGGGCUUACGGUUAUACAUAGUGGGGAUCUCUUCUCCCUACCGCUUCCCCCUCACCCAGUAACACACGUGCCUCCAAACCCUGGCGAGAUUCUUCUCUGCGAGCCCGUCUCGCAGGGGAUACUCUCGCCAAAUACGAGGAUUAUCCUAAGUCGUGGGAGGAUACAUGCUCCGAAACACUCUCGCCCGACCAUCUCUUCGAGCCGUGCUUUGGUCGAUGUGCGGGAGGAUGACGAAGAUACCAACGAAUUCUACUCCGCUUCCGAGGAACGUUACAAGACGGACGCCGACGGCCAAACUGAUGGUUUCGUAUCCGUUACCGAGAACGAGUCCGACGACACCGGUCUUAGCAACGACGACGAGGAUGACCUCUCGGAUGAUUCUAUGGAUGACAUGAUUUCGCUACACGCUCCUACGCUACCGCCGACCCUCGCCAGCGGUGUGUCGACCAUCCAGCCGGGAACUCCGACCACCAUUGGUCGUGGUAGGAGGGUAAACGGCAUCAGCACGCCUGGCUCUGUGUUCUCCAACUUCACCAAUUUCACCGCUACAACUGCUCGCCAAGACAGGCAUCGGGGCCGCCUCUUUAAGGCGAAUGGCUUGAUAGCACCUAUUCCGGACGAUUUGCUCCACCCGAAGCCAGCACCCGAGGACGAUGAAGAGGCGCGAGUCUAUGUCGAUGUCACUUCUCUAUCCAAAAUUGGCUGUUUCUCCGGCGACUGGGUACGCAUCGAAGCCUCCGAGGAACCCCCGGUUAACGGCUUCGGCGCAUUUGGUCUCGGCAGUUUCAACCACAAUGAAACGGAAGUAUCAAACUGGCGCCCUGUGAGGGUCUACAGUCUUCCCGAAAGCCAUUCGCGAAGGCCCAUGACGAGGAUUCCGAGUUCUCAGCGACACGACGGCAGGAGGCCUUCUUUUUUCGACUCCCAGGUCCCAAAACCGACGAGUCCGGCCGCGUACAUCUCUCCCAUCCUGCAGGCAAACCUAGACGGAGCUUCGUACGUUCGCAUCUCCGCCAUUAAGCGUGGCUCAUACCAAGGCAAGGGAACUUUGCCCAAGUUUACGAAUGCUUCCCGUCCACCGGAUGCGCGUGACAUUCGCAUCCAUCGCGUCAAAUCGCCAAUUACCACCGAGGGCGCAUACCAGACCGCCGUCCUGGGCGGUAUCAAGCGCUAUUUCGCACGCAAGAUUAGGCUCCUGCGCACCGGCGAUCUCCUUGCUAUACCCGUCGACGCUCGUCUCGGGAAGGCGAUGCGGGAGAGUUCUGACGGGGCCGAGGUUGAUGAUGUGAUGGCCCUUAGCGCCUCUGCUGCUGGAAAGGGAACCUCAACUGUUACCGCUGUCGCUUGGUUCAAGGUUGACCAUAUCCAGGUCAGCAAGUCAGAGGAGGGCGAGCAUGGUACUUUCGAGGAACUCUGGGGCUCCGUAGCGAGCGUGGAUAGUUUGUCGGUUAUGCUCAACGUGUCUGGCUUCGAGAUAAGCCGCAUUCCCGGCACGAAGGACAACCACUGGCAGUACUAUCUCGGUCUGAAGAAGGGGGCUAAGCCGCUCCCUGAUGCGCCGUCUACCUCAUCUUUGUCGGAGCCUGAGGUCAGAUACAUCUCGCCGAUACGGCGGCAACUGAGGGAGCUCAUUGCCACAGCCUCAAGCCAGAGGGCCAUUCAUCUAAAGAUGCCGCCCGUCGCCAUUCUCCUCGUGUCAACCCAUCGUGAUAUUGGAAAGGCGACAGUAGCCGAGGCCGCGUGUGCCGAUAUUGGUAUUCAUUCCUUUACUAUCGACUGUUACGACAUCCUUAGCGAGUCUGGUGGCAGUGGAGGCGACGUUAAGACCGAAGCAUACCUGACAACCAGGGCGGACCGCGCGAUCGGCUGCGGACCGGACUGCUGCGCACUGGUAAUACGGCAUAUUGAGACGCUCACAGCUGAGCGGAUCGCCACUUCACUCAAGGAUAUAUUGCAGAGCGUGCGCGUCCUCAUUGCGACGACGAACGAGGUGGACAAGAUCCCCGAUACCAUCCGAGGCAUGUUCACCCACGAGUUGGAGGUGCGAGCGCCCGACGAGACCGAGAGAGAGGGUAUCCUCAAAUCCGUGAUCAAUGACCGGGGCGUCAGCGUGGACCCCGCCGUCGAUCUUGGCAAUAUCGCGCUCAAGACUGCCGCACUCGUAGCGGGAGACCUCGUCGACGUCGUAGACCGCGCUGUCAUCGCGCAACAAUCCCGCCUCGAGCAAAUCACAAACGGCAGACCACCAACCUCGAGCUCCCUCAAACUCCCGGUCUCGGUGCGUGACGUCCAGGUUGCCGGCGGUCCCUUCUCCCGCUGUCUCAUCAAGGAGGACUUUGACGCAGCCGUCGACGCCGUCCGGAAGAACUUCUCCGACGCCAUCGGUGCCCCCAAGAUCCCCAGCGUGACGUGGGACGACGUCGGUGGCCUCAACAAUGUCAAGGACGCCAUCACGGAGACGAUCCAGCUCCCCCUCGAACGCCCCGAGCUCUUCGCCAAGGGUAUGAAGAAGCGGUCCGGCAUCCUCUUCUACGGCCCGCCCGGUACCGGCAAGACGCUCCUGGCCAAGGCCAUCGCCACCGAAUACAGUCUCAACUUCCUCAGCGUCAAGGGCCCCGAGCUCCUCAACAUGUACAUUGGUGAAUCCGAGGCCAAUGUCCGCCGCGUGUUCCAGCGGGCUCGCGACGCGCGCCCUUGCGUCGUCUUCUUUGAUGAGUUGGACUCCGUGGCACCCAAGCGAGGAAAUCAGGGCGAUAGCGGUGGUGUCAUGGACAGAAUCGUUUCCCAGAUCCUCGCUGAGCUCGAUGGUAUGUCGGGCGGCGAGGAUGAUGUCGGCGGCGUGUUUGUUAUCGGGGCGACGAAUCGGCCGGAUCUUUUGGACCCGGCGCUUUUGAGGCCGGGGAGGUUUGACAAGCUGCUUUAUUUGGGGGUUUCGGAUACGCGUGAUAAGCAGACUAAGAUUCUCGAGGCGUUGACUAGAAAGUUCGCUCUCCACCCGUCCGUCAUCCUCUCCAACAUCGCUGCACAACUCCCUUUCACCUACACCGGUGCCGACUUUUACGCACUCUGCACCGACGCCAUGCUCAAAGCCGUCACGCGACAAGCGGCCCACGUGGACACGCGCAUCAAGCGGCUCAACGCCUCCUCCGCGUCGGAAGGAAGGACGAUUUCCACAGCCUACUUUUUCGACCACAUCGCCACGGAGGAGGACUUGGCAGUGCAGGUUACGGAGGUGGAUUUCCUUGAAGCUCAGAAAGAACUUGUGCCUAGCGUUAGUGCCGGGGAGUUGGAGCAUUAUGAGAGGGUGAGGAGGACGUUUGAGGGGGAUAGGGCGGCUGGGGAUGGUGGGAAGGGGGAUAAAGGAAAAGGAAAGGUGGUGGACAAGGGGAAGGGCCUAGCUUCUCCGGUUGCGGCCGGUAAGGGCAAGGGGAAGGCCCUAGCGCUUCCGGGGUUUAGUGAUGGGGAUGACGAUGAAGACGAGGAAGACGGGGGAUUCGGGAGAGUGAAUGGGAGGUCGAAGGGGAAGGGAAAGGCGGUUGCUGGGUUCCAGGACGGAACGGCCAGUGAUGAUGAUGGGUUGUAUUGA